AUGGUCGUCAGCCUCGUUGAAAAUGCAAACGUAAUCGUUGUUUCGCGAAGUUCCGAUGUCGCCCCUUUGGAGAAUAUGUCUCAAAUGCAAACUUUGUUGUCAGUUCUGAAUGGCAGUGCAAGCAUUCUUCCCGCUACUGAGGAUGUUGUGCCUGUGAACCAACUCUUGCAUACAAACUUGUACGAUCACGAGAGCGUCAUGCUGGGCGCAACUUGGAAGAAGGUCUUGAUUGCGUCCCGGAACGCUACCAAGGGCACCAUGAAGCCUGCGCUCCCGAAGUCCCUCAAGGAUGCCACCUUUGUGUACCGGGCGCGGCGACCAUUUCACCCUCAGCGGCUCUACGAACACAUCAAAGCCGUUGCUACUUUCAACGGCGUUGUACGAAGCACGGGGAGGAUUUGGUUGGCGACCCGGAUGAUAGCCCCAUUGGAAUGGAAUCAGGCGGGUGUGGCCGCGACGCUUAGUCUUGGAAAGCGCUUCUGGGCUGCAGUCCCUGAUUCGGAAUGGCCGACGGAAGAGAGUGAUCGGGAACGCAUCAUGGACGGCUGGGACAAUCGGUACGGAGAUCGAGAGACAGAAAUUGUGUUUGUCGGAAUGGGUAUAGACAAGGAGCGUUUGCAAGGUCUUUUAGACGGAUGCUUGUUGCAAGAUGAGGAAAUGGUGUUUACAAACAUGUGGGAAAACUUUGACGAUCCAUUCGUAGAGUGGGUCCCGCUGAUUGAGGACGACGAUGACGAGGACCAUGAAGAGGAAAUAGCGCCGGUCACUAGAGUGCAGGAACUACAAGAUUCAACGCAGCAAGAGGAAACCGUUGCGGUGGGGGAGGAAGCACAAAUAAACGGGGAAGCAAUUGAGCCAAAUCGGUCAGCGGGUGCGGGUGCAAUAGCUGGCGAGGACGUGCCCGACGAGAUAUACGACAAAAUAAGCGCUUUGGACAUUUUCGAACAGGGCUUUUCAGCAGACUCAGAUUCUUCCGUGCUACCACAACCAAAAGACGAUGGUACUUAUGACGACGAAGACGUCGUAUUGGCAUCCUGGGAUGGUGACUUUGCAGACGGGAUUCUGCGCCAAGUACCGCAGUCGGGACUACCUGUCACCAUCGUUACAGGUUUUCUUGGUAGUGGGAAAACUACUCUUCUCAAUCACAUUCUCACCGCAGAUCAUGGACUCAAAAUUGCUGUCCUUGUUAAUGAGUUUGGAGAGAUCGAUAUUGACAAUCAGCUAGUUGAGAAGGGGGAUUGGAGCACUGAUGAUGAGGUGUUCGAACUAGCAAAUGGUUGCAUCUGUUGCAACAUCAACGACUCAUUUGUGAAUGCCGUGUUAAAAAUCCUGGAAAGAGCGAAUGAGGUCGACUACUUAGUUGUCGAAACUACGGGUGUGGCAGAUCCAGUCCCUGUAAUCAAUUCUCUCAUGGUCUCUGACGAAGUUGCAGAGAGAGUGAGGGUUGAUGGUAUAUUAACUUUGGUGGACGCUGACAACUUUGACCCGAAGGCCACUAUUAACUCGGAGGCAGCUUUAUCCCAGAUCAUGAGUGCAGAUACGAUUUUGUUGUCGAAAACAGACCUUGCAUCAAAGGAGAAGACAGAAGCCAUCGUCGAAUACAUUAAGUCCGUGCGCCCAGCUGCGAGGAUACUAAGAUCACAACGCGGGCGAGUACCCAUUCAUAUGAUACUAGACGUAGGAUUGCGGGUGGCGGAUUCUCCAGGAUUCCUGAACCCGAGAAAGAAGAACGCCAACGAGAUAACAACAAGUGGUCACGAUCACGACGAUGCUCAGGAGGCACACAGCCAUGACGAGGCUCAUGAACAUAAUCACGAACAUUCUCAUGAUCACGACCAUGAAUGCAAACCGGACUGUACCCACGAAUCACACACUCAUGACCAUAGUGACCACCUUGAGGUUGAUGGGUUUGUGACAACAAGUUUUAAGUCAGAUGCACCAUUGGAUCCGCAGCUCUUCAUGGACAAGUUUUUGAAUUGUUUACCUGAAGGUGUAUUUCGGGCUAAAGGGCUGCUCCGACUGUACGGGUUUGGAGGAAGAUAUAUUUUCCAGCUGUCGGGAAGACGAUUCCAAUUCGAAGAGGAUGAAUGGCCAGAGGGAGUCGCACCGGGGAACCAACUCGUGAUCAUAGGCAGGGAUCUCGACCUCGAUUCCUUGCGCAAAACGCUGGCGUCUUGUCUUGUGGAGGAGAACCUUUGAGAGGGCUUUCAGUAUCCGUGAUCAUGAUGCUGGACUCUUUGAUCUUGUCAAAUAGAGAACUAGGAGUAUAAAACUGGGCCCUAUGAACACCAAAAAAAGGGCAUAACCUUGUUAUGUCCCAACACACGCACCAUCCGAUAUGGCUCUUUUUGACGACCACCGGUGAAAUGCCGUGGGGGGAUACGCGGUCACUUUUUCGCAAGGGCCGCCUCUUGCCUGCUAGUGUAUUCGUCUAGCCUGUCUACCAACGCUUCGAGACGACGGGCUCUGUUCAAUAACUCGGCUAUGUUCCUGGAGAACUGUCGUGCGUCUUGGGCGUGGUCUUGGACUUUGUGAGCGGCGCUUACUAAGGUUUUGAUGCGUUCGUUCAUGCCAGCGUAAAAAGUCUUCGAGGUAUUAUUCAUGUUGGUAACUGCGGCGAGAUCUACGGCAGCAACUAAGGACGCAAACAAAAGAAGGAUUCGCAUGCCAAAGAACGGAACAUCAACACCAAUGUUGCGGGAUGUUUCCGUAUCUUGGACGUGCAAAUGCACUGCCACUAACACUUUCAAGACAAGGGCAGACUUACCUUGUGCAGAUAUUUGAAAUAAAGACUUAAUCUCCUCGGCGAGAUCGUUCCCGGA